CGGCGGGGCCGGUCCCGGUUGUGGCGGCCGGUGCGCGGCGGGGCCGGUCCCGUCCCGGUGCCGUCCGGUGCCGUCCGGUGCCGGCGGGGCGAUGCCGUUCCCGGGCGGGCUGUGGUGGCUGCUGUGCUGCCGGCAGGGCUUCACGCUGCUGCGGCGGGACUACGGCGAGGCGGACCGGGAGGCGGACGGCGAGGAGGAGGAGGAAGCGUCCUUCGAGCUCCGCGCCCAGGGAGACCAGGGGUCCCUGGAGGUGAGCCUGAGCCAGCCCACCCGCAGCAGCAGCGGCUCGGAGCGGUCCCUGCUUGUCGCAGAGGAGAUGCGCAGCCUCAUCGUGGAGAAGGGCCCAGAGCCAGUGGAGGAUGACCCCGAUGCUCUCAUUAAAGGCUGGCUGCAGCGGGAGGUGCGGGGAGGUGUGAAGACCCCCUGGAUCCGGCCUCGGAAGUACUGGUUCGUGCUGACACCCGACUCCCUGGACUACUACAGCAGCAACGAGAAGGGGGCCCGGCGGCUGGGCUCCCUCGUGCUCACCAGCCUCUGCUCCGUGCUGUGGCCAGACAAGCAGACCUACAAGGAGACGGGCUACUGGAGCGUGACGGUGUUCGGCAGGAAGCAUUGCUACCGCCUGUACACGGAGCGCCUGAAGGAGGCCGUGCGCUGGGUGUGCGCGGUGCAGAAGGUCAUCGACAGCAAAGCGCCGGUGCAGACACCCACCCAGCUGCUGAUGCGCGAUGUGGAGGAGCACUGUGACAGCCCCGAGGUGCUGGAGCAGAUCUACCGCUGCAACCCCAUCCUGCGCUACACCAGCAGCCCCCUCUACGCUCCCCUGCUGCCCUUCCCCUACGGCAGCCUGGACCAAAGCGCCCCCGGGCCCCGCAGCUACACGGCGCUGCGCGACGAGGCCGUGAAGCUCUUCAACUCGCUGCAGCAGCUGGAGUCGGAGCGGGACCCGGUGCCGCUGAUGCAGGGAGUCCUGCAGACCUGCCUGGACCUGCCGCCGCUCGUGGACGAGAUCUACUGCCAGCUGGUGAAGCAGACCACGGAGCCGCCGGCGCCGGGCGGGCAGGGAGACCUGCACUACUGGCAGCUGCUCACCUGCAUGAGCUGCACCUUCCUGCCCUCCCCGCCCGUCCUGCGCUUCCUGCGCUUCCACCUGGACAGGACAGAGAGCCGGUUCCCCGCCUCGGAGAUGGCUGAGUACGCCUGCUUCAUCCGGGAGGCGCUGCGGAAGACCAAGGGGCGGGAGUGCGUGCCCUCGCUGGAGGAGAUCCUGGUGCUGAUGCGGCGGCAGGAGAUGAUCUGCACCGUGCACUGCCCCGGGGCGCCAGCCUGCAGCGUGGCCAUCAGCUCCCACACCACGGCCCAGGAGGUGGCCCAGGAGCUGGUGUCGCGGCUGGGGCUGUCCCAGAGCCCCAAUCUCUUUGCGCUCUAUGAGCAGUCCCGGCGGCGGGAGCACCCCGUGGGCAGCGCCACGCUGCUGGCUGACGUCCUCACCAGGUUUGAAAACCUGGCCGGGGAGGAGCGGGAGCAGGACCCGCCGUGCCGGCUCUGCUUCAAACACUACGGCUUCCUGGACACGGACAAUGUCCCGCGGGAUAGCCUGGAGUUUGCUCUCCUCUUUGAGCAGGCACACGAGAUGGUUCUUCGGGGCUACGUGCCCACCUCGGAGGAGACGCUGCAGACCUUGGCCGCGCUGCGCCUGCAGAGCCUCAACAGCGACUUCUCCACCCACGCACCCUUCCCGCGCCUGGAGGAGCUCUUCCCGCCGCAGGUGCUGCACGCGCGGCUGCCGGCCCCGCGCCACCGGAGCCCCGCCAAGUGCCGGGGCGCGCGGCUGCGUGCGGGGCUGCUGGCGGGGGGGCUCUGGGGGCAGGCGCUGGCCAAGCAGCGCGCGGAGCGGGACCAGCGCCUGCGGGGCCGCCUGCGGGAGGAGGGUGCCAGCACCAUGGCCGCCAUCCUGGAGAAGUGGAAGCUGCUGCAGGGCAUGGGCCGGCCCGAGGCCAUGGCCGCCUACGUGGCGCUGGUGCGCGAGUGGCCCGGCUUCGGCUCCACGCUCUUCGACGUGGACGUGCGUGCGAGCCCCGUGGGGGCCGCGCCGCAGCGGCUCUGGCUCGGCAUCGGUGCCAAAGCCGUUUCGCUCUACAAGCCCGGGGAGCCCGAGCCCUUGGACAGCUUCUGCUACGGGCGCAUCUCCUCCUUCGGCGCCUCCGACAGCGGCACCUUCCGCAUCUCCGUGGAGGACCGGGACCUGCUCUUCGAGACCUCCCAGGUGGAGGAGAUCGCGCAGCUCCUCAACACCUACCUCGCCUCUGCGGCCGCCCGGCAGCCGCCGCUGUCCCCGGAGCCGGCCCCCAGCCCCGCUGCCUCUGACCCCACCGCGCUGCCCCGGGGGCUCUGCCCCGCGGCCGGGCCCUGGCAGCACCCGCCGCGGGUGGGCUCCUUCCCCAGCCAGCCCGGUGCGCGGUGCGGGCCCGCAGGGUGCUCGUGACG